AUGAUUCUCAGGCCAAGAGAGUUCGUAUUGAGACACAGAGGACCUGACUGGAGUGGAAUAUAUCAGCACGGAGACAAUUACUUGGCCCAUCAACGUCUUGCGAUCAUCGAUCCUGCUUCCGGUGAUCAACCUCUCUUCAACGAGGACAAGACCAUUGUCGUCACGGUUAAUGGAGAGAUCUAUAACCAUGAGGAGCUGAGAAAACGUCUGAAGAAUCACAAGUUCCGUACCAGAAGUGAUUGUGACGUCAUUGCUCACCUGUACGAGGAGUAUGGUGAGGGAUUUGUGGAUAUGUUGGAUGGAAUCUUCUCCUUUGUGUUGCUGGACACAAGAGACAACUCUUUCAUGGUGGCUCGUGACGCGAUUGGUGUCACUUCGCUUUACAUUGGCUGGGGAUUAGACGGAUCAGUGUGGGUAUCUUCAGAGAUGAAAGGCUUACACGAGGACUGUGAACAUUUCGAAGCGUUUCCUCCAGGUCAUUUGUAUUCAAGCAAAUCAGGAGAGUUUAAGCAAUGGUAUAAUCCUCCUUGGUUCAACGAAUCCAUUCCUUGUACGCCUUAUGAGCCUCUCGCAAUCAGACGCGCCUUUGAAAACGCUGUGAUUAAGCGGUUGAUGUCUGAUGUUCCUUUCGGAGUUUUGCUCUCUGGUGGUCUUGAUUCUUCUCUUGUUGCCUCCAUCACUGCCCGUCACUUGGCCGGUACUAAAGCUGCUAAGCGAUGGGGUCCUCAGCUCCAUUCCUUUUGCGUCGGUCUUGAGGGCUCGCCGGAUUUGAAAGCGGGGAAAGAGGUGGCGGAAUAUUUAGGGACGGUGCACCAUGAGUUCCACUUCACGGUGCAGGAUGGGAUUGAUGCGAUAGAGGAUGUGAUUUACCAUGUUGAGACCUAUGAUGUGACAACAAUCAGAGCGAGCACGCCGAUGUUUUUGAUGUCCCGAAAAAUCAAGUCUCUAGGAGUCAAGAUGGUUCUCUCUGGUGAAGGUUCUGAUGAGAUAUUCGGAGGGUAUCUCUACUUCCACAAGGCACCUAACAAGCAAGAGUUUCACCAAGAAACCUGUCGCAAGAUCAAGGCUCUUCACAAGUACGACUGUUUAAGAGCCAACAAAGCUACCUCUGCCUUUGGUCUAGAGGCGCGUGUUCCUUUUCUGGACAAAGAGUUCAUCAACACCGCUAUGUCUCUAGACCCUGAAUCCAAGAUGAUCAAACCAGAGGAAGGAAAAAUCGAGAAAUGGGUUCUAAGGAGAGCCUUUGACGACGAAGAACGUCCUUAUUUGCCAAAACACAUUCUCUACAGACAGAAAGAGCAGUUUAGUGAUGGUGUUGGCUAUAGUUGGAUCGAUGGCCUCAAAGCUCAUGCUGCUGAAAAUGUUAAUGACAGGAUGAUGUCGAACGCUGCACAUAUCUUUCCUCACAACACUCCACUCACCAAAGAAGCUUACUAUUACAGAAUGAUUUUUGAGAGGUUCUUCCCACAGAACUCUGCGAGGCUAACGGUUCCAGGAGGUGCGACCGUGGCUUGCUCGACCGCAAAGGCGGUGGAGUGGGAUGCAAGCUGGUCCAACAAUAUGGACCCAUCAGGAAGAGCCGCCCUCGGAGUUCACCUCUCGGCCUACGAAGGCAAAAAGGUAGCAUUGCCUUCGCCGCCACAUAAGGCGAUUGGCGACAUGCCGAUGAUGAUGGGUCAAGGAGUUGUGAUUCAGACAUAA